AUGGCAGACUCAACUCCCAAAGCAACGGCAAGCCCGCCAACAGGCUCUCCCAAGUCAGCAAAGUCCCCGAAGUCGCCAAAAACACCGCCAAAGUCGGCUGCUACUCCCGCCGGGCCAGCGUCCGCGACUAGCCCAGCAGCAGCAGCAAUAUCAGCAGCCACUUCAGCAGCCACUCCAGCAUCGGUCACGGGCACGGGAGCGACGCCAGCCCCCCAGUCUCCUCCCGAAGAUGCCGAGACCCCGGCCACAAUUGAGAUUGACGAUGGAACAACUGACGAUGCGUCAACCAUUGAUGACAGAAUUUCCUCGUACACUGCCUCACUGUCAUCUUCUGUUCUUGAUUAUCCUACCGAGUACGGCCGACGUUAUCAUGCCUUCCGAUCUGGCGCCUACGUAUUCCCGAAUGAUGAGAUCCUUGGAAAUGACCUGAGCGCUAUUCAGCCAGCGUGGGUUCCACCUAACGUCAAGUUCGAGAUCGACGAUGUCGAAAGCGAAUGGAUCGGGGAGGACAAGUACGAUUUCAUUUUUAGUCGUUACAUGGCUGGCGCCUUGGCAGAUUGGCCAACAUACGUGAGGCGAGUCCAUGAGAACUUGAACCCUGGAGGCUGGGCCGAAUUUCAGGACUGGGAUUAUAUGCUUUAUUCGGAUGAUGGAACAACUGAAGGCACCGAACUGCUUCGCUGGAUGGGCUAUUUCAUGGAGGCUUGCGAGGUCCUGGGCCGUGAUGGACAGGUCGGGCCGAAGUUGGAGACGCUGGUAAGGGAGAACACCGGCCUGAUCAACAUCGUCCAUAAGCCUUUUAGAAUUCCCGUUGGACCUUGGGCGAAGGACCCUCACCUGAAGGAUAUCGGGAUGUGUAAUCUCAUUCAAAUGUUGGAUGGUUUGGAAGCCUUCACCCUAAGACUCCUCUGUGGCGUCCUCGGCUGGACUAAGGAGGAGGUUCUAGUAUUACUCACAGGAGUGCGCACCGAGCUGAGAACUGGAAAAGCCCAUGCUUGGCUGCACUACAAUGUUGUGUACGGCCAAAAGCCAGAGACAGAAGAAGAAUAG